AAGUAUAUUUGUAUGCUACUACUUUUUGUACUUUUACUUGAGUAACCUUUUGAAUGCAGGACAUUUACUUGAAAAAGUAAAGUAUUUCUACACUGUGGUACUUCUACUUUUAGUUAAGUACAAUAACUGAGUAGGCCUACCUCAAAUGUGUGGGUUAAUAACCUAGUUAUUUUCCACCACAAACGUAUAUUCAAAGUAGGCUAUUAUUAUAUUGUAAAAUACUGGCACUCGCCCUUGUCCAGAAAAGGGAAGCUCUAGUCUACGCCCAUUUCCCGCCUCCAACAGGUCUCAUAUAUUUCAGAGCAAACUGGAAGGUUAGAUUAAAACCUUUAUAUAUACAGUCUAUGAUUAAAACACGUACAUUUACUGUCUUUUUAGAAACCGUGACAGCAGGCCUGACACCAGGUGGUCGUCGUUAGAAACGAGAAUAAUUUACCAAUACAUUUUGUUACUAUCGAAACUCAGACAGGAAAACCGGGAUGUAUGAAAGUCGGGACAUCUUCGUUUUAAGCUGCCUCUUUUUAAAGGUCCUGUCUCAAGACGGAUUACCACAAAAUGUGUCCCUACAAUGGAUUAAUGAUUUCGAGCAGAAGGUGACCUGGGAACCAGCACAGCACCUGGUGAAAAACUGCAGAUAUGAUCUGACUGCAGAACUAAAAGACAAAUUUAAAAGUGAGACACAUAACUCAGCCACGUCCCCCUUGAGCCUGAAGAUGGUGAUGUGCGGGGGGUUUCUGAAUGUGUCUGUAAACAGUAGUUGUGCAAGAUACGAGCCAGUGAUCGUCACUUACCCAGAUCUGGUGAAGGACUUGCAGUGCUUCAUUACUACCCCCACGGAAACUCACUGCAUCUGGAAACAGACCGCUCACACUCCCUCAAAUCUGGGUUUUUUCUAUCACUUAAACAACGAUGUCAUUAAAGAGUGCCCAUCGUACGUUCACCGCGGCAGUGACAGGACCGGCUGUGAUCUGGAGGCAAACAUAGAAGAUUCCAUCGUCUUUUCAUUUAACGGAACGCUGAAAAACCAGACUGUGAGGAACACCUUCAAGGAAGAGCUGAGUUCGAAUGUGAGAGCUCCUGCCCUGCAGUGGAAUGUCACCAAAAGUGGGGGUAAAUUCAAAAUCCGCUGGACUCCGCCCAGCAUCAAAAUCACUUGGGAGUAUGUCAUUACAUACAAAGAAUGCAGUGAAGACAAGUCUUUAGCUGGUGUCGGGGAAACAGCUGAGUUCACGUUUGUCCCUAAGUGUUCGUACGGAAUAACUAUUCAUGCCAUUGGAGAACUUGGAGCAAAGACACUAUUGAGUGACGAGAAGUAUUUUGCUGCUGAGUCAGAUCUCAAUGCGUGGGUGUAUGUGGCCAUCAUCCUGCCGCUGAUGGUUGCUGUCCUGGCAGUCCUGACCAUCGUGUAUUGCAGGAAGAAUAAGGAGAUCCUCUUCCCCGAAGUUCCACAACCUCGGGACCUCAUCAGCGACAUUUCUGACAACAACAACAAGAGCAUGGGCGGCAAGCUGUACAUCCCCACAGAGAAGGAAGACAACUUUAACGUCACCCUGGUGACAGACCCCCAAAUCUGCAAACUGGACAUCAGACACGACUCAGCCUAAAUCUGCACCAUUUUUCUGUCUCAACAAGACCAUAUAAAGACUGUUACACUAAUGAAUCCAUGAGAUUCAUUACCCAAGUACAUCAAGGGAGCUAUCAAGUCAAACUUCCAUUGAACCAUCGAACUGUGGCAGCUACUGCAUUCCUGUGCAUUGUUCUCUUCAGCAAAGCGGAAUGUGUUACACUGAAGGACUUCAAAAAAUAUCAAUAUUCUAGAUACAGUUGUUUUUUAACGCACAACAGCAGUGUGAUUUUGUCUGAUUUGUUGGGGAGUGUGUCUGUCUCUUAGCAGGAAUACCGAAAAAUGACUGUUACCGAUUUCCGUGAAAGCGAAGCACGGACCAAGGAUUAACCUCUUCAGUUUCAGAACCGAAUCAUAGGUUGGAUACACGCAUUAUUUUUCACUCAAACAGUCCACCAGUACAUUCCUAUUUAAUGAAUGUAAGUCUUUUGUUGCACUAAAUGAUUUGCUGCACUACUUUGGUGGAAUCAAUACAUUAAUGUGUCCCUAUUUGAAGCAAUACAUAUAAAAAUAAUCCCAUUUGUACAAAAUGGUUACAACAAUUUUUAUAGUGAUGAAUAGUUUUAGCACUUUCCAGGCAUUACAUCUGAAGCGUUGGUCCCAGAUUGUAUGAGGAUGUGAGGAGUUUCUGCUUUUCUCUGUUAUAUAAAUAUUUUGAGUUUAAUUGGUUUUGGCUUGCCACAUAGUGAGCCAACAUGUAUCUGUACUGCUAAGCCUUAUAUUGGCUACCUAUCUUACUUCGUCGUCUUCUUCAUCAGCCAGCAUCCUUGGUAUCUGUUGUUCACUGAGUUGAUUCUCGCUAAGUAGCCAAUAUAAGGCUUAGUCAUUUUGCCAAAUAGUGAGCCUGUGUUGAUGUAUAUGUGACCUGCCCCACCGGGGAGGGGGGGGGGCUGCGAUAAUAAAAGGGGGUUAGGAUACUUAACGCUAACCUGGGUUCCCCAAUACGAGCCCUUAGGACAAGUCACGCAGAUAAGAAUACAAGGAUGGGCAGGGACGCGGCCUCAAGUUCAAAUGUUUACAAACGUUUAUUAUAUAAAUAAUCAAGUAAAAGUUCAGUAGUACAAAA